GCUGCGCUGCGCUGCUCUGCUUCUUUCUUCUUCCUCCUCCUCCCGCAAGCCGACCUACGCCUCGGCGAGCCCGAGAGAAGCGCGGGAUGAAGACGAGGUCGCAGACCACCCCGAAGCCACUCAACACCGUGCGGCUGCCCCCCGUGGAGAGCCCCCGGUCGAGGCCGAGGCCGAAGCCGAAGCCGAGGCCGGAGACGCGGAAGAAGGGGACCCUCGGCGACCUCCGCCGCCCCAAGAAGCCCCCCACCGCCUUCUUCUAUUUCAUGGAGGAUUUCCGGAAAACGUAUCAGGAAGAAAAUCCAAGUGUAAAAGCAAUGCAGGAUGUAGGGAAAGCAUGCGGCGAGAAAUGGAAUAAAAUGGCAUUUGAGGAAAAGGUGAAGUAUUAUGAUCUAGCUACCGAGAGGCGUGCCGAGUUUGAGAAGGCGAUGGCUCAGUACAACAAGAAAAAGAUAAACGGUGAAUUGUCCGAGGAAUCAGAGUAGAAGUGAACAUUGGGUUCUGAUGAUGCCACAAGUUAAAUGGAUGAAUCAUUCAAAUGUAUAUUACGUGCCUGAACAUUGUACGAAUUCUGUUAUCAAUAGAUGGCUGGAAUUCUAUA